AUGUCCUCGUUCCAAGCCCUCCGAACCCAGUAUGCCUCACGACUGAAGGCAUUCACAACCUCAACCAAAGUCUUCGAAGUCCUAACCACCAUCCCAUCCGGUCCCUCCGCAGACCCAGAGACUCUCUAUGUCUUAGACUCGUCGUUCAAUCCCCCCACCCGUGCCCACCUCCGCAUUGUCAGCACGGCACUUCUAGAAAACUCCCGACCCCGCCGUCGUCUGCUCCUUCUUCUCGCAAUCCACAAUGCAGACAAGCCAUCCAAGCCUGCCUCCUUCGAGGAUCGGCUCGCGAUGAUGGAGCUGUUCGCUCGGGAUCUCCGCCCCCAACUCGCAUCGGCACCGGCUUUCGAACAUGCCGUCGAAAAUAUUCCGUUGAUCGAUAUCGGCGUCACCAAAAAGCCCUAUUUCAUCGACAAGGCGGCUGCUAUCGAGGCAUCGGAUUCUUACCCCACUCCAAUGGAACAGGUUCAUCUGAUGGGUUACGAUACUUUGAUCCGGAUCUUCGAUCUCAAGUACUAUCCGCCUGAACAUAACUUGAAGUCUCUAGCGCCUCUAUUAUCAAAGCACCGACUACGUGUGACUAUGCGCCCGAGCGAUGGAUGGGGUGGGAGAGAGGAGCAGGAAGAAUUUUUGGCGGCCCUUGCUAGGGGUGACCGAGAUAGCGACGGCGCCCGUAGGGAAUGGGCUGACCGGAUUCAGCUUGUCGAGGGCCGUCGCCCUACUGAUCAACCCGUGAGUUCAACUAGAGCUCGUGAGGCGUCGCAAUCGGCGCCCCAGGACCUGGAAUGGCUGGUUCCUGAACAGGUGCGGCAGUUCUUGCUGUCGGAGCAUCUGUAUUCUGGAAAUUCUAAAGUGUAG